AUGUUUCUCAUUUGGCUCACACUGCUAGCUCCUCUGGCUGAGGGGAUCCCAGAGAAGCCCAAGAGGUCGGCUCUGAACCAGCUGACCCGGACCCUCCUCAGGAAAUAUGACUGUGGGGUCCGACCCGUGAACAACUGGACGAGCAUCACCACCGUGUACAUCGACCUGCUGCUGCAGUCCGUGCUGGAAGUGGAUGGAAAGACGCAGAGCAUAACCACCAGUAUUUGGUACAGACAGAUCUGGACGGAUGAGUUCCUGGUUUGGGACCCGGAGGAGUUUGAUGGUAUUAAUGAAAUCUCUCUGUCCUCUGACGCCAUCUGGACACCUGACGUCAUCAUUAGUGAAUUUGUGGACGAGGGGAAGCCCGUCACGAUCCCCUACGUGUACGUGAACUCGUCAGGGAUGGUGAAGAACUACCGGCCCAUGCAGGUGGUUCUGGCCUGCAGUUUGGAGAUGUACGCCUUCCCCUUCGACAAGCAGAACUGCAGCCUGACUUUCCGCAGCUGGCUGCACUCAGUGAAGGAAAUAGACCUGGCUCUGUGGAGGAGCGCCGAGGCCAUCGCUAACGACAAGAGGAAGUUCAUGAAUGACGGAGAAUGGGAACUGUUGUCCAUCCCCUCCAGCUAUUGGCUGAUCCACCAGGACGACACCGACUACGCCCAACUCCAGUUCAACGUCCUGAUCCGGCGGCGCCCCCUGCUGUACGUGGUGGGCCUGCUGAUCCCCAGUAUCUUCCUGAUGCUGGUGGACGUGACGAGCUUCUAUCUGCCUCUGGACAGCGGGACCCGCAUCGUGUUUAAGAUCAGCAUCCUGUUGGGAUACACCGUGUUCAGAGUCAACCUGACGGACGAGCUGCCCCACACCGCGCUCAGGACGCCGCUCAUUGGCGUGUUCUUCGCGGUGUCUAUGGCCAUGUUGAUGCUGAGCCUCACUAAGUCCAUCCUGGUGGUGAAGCUGCUGCACCACAGCGAGGCGGAGGUCCGGCAGAUGUCCGUGUCCGCCUGCCUGCUCGACAAAUACGGAUCUGUGGGGCACGGGUUCACGGAGAGCGCUUUGACCUCCACCAGGACCCUCGAUCACAUCAACCUGUCCACAGAGUAUGAUAUGGAUGCAUCUAUGGAGGAGGACCUGCUCUCGCUGAAUGAGAUCCAGGAGUCUCCCUCUGGUCUGGACUGGCUCCUGCAGGAGUUGGUGACUCUUCGCCUGGCAUUAUCUCAGGAGGACAGCGAGUCUUCGGCUCAUGCUGAUUGGCUGGCUCUGUGUUCAAAACUCGACGGCUUCCUGUUUCGCUUCUACCUCGUAGUCCUGAUCUCGUACGCCGGGACGCUGCUGAUGCUCUGGGCCAGCUGGAGCUUCGCCUGACUUUUUGUUUGUGAAGCCCCUUGCUUGUGAUGUGAACAUGUUCCUUUACUCUGAACCUCAUUGGAUGUGUACCAUGCUUUUCCCUUUGUCAUACAGUAUACGUGUUUAUCAUCUUACCUGUUUUAUACCAUUGAUUUGACUGAUUGACAAUGUUUUGGGAGCAUUUCGUAGUAAGGGUUAGGUUCGUUUUAGGCUAUUUGAUUAGUGUUAGUUUUUUUUAAGCUUAUUAGGUUUCUUUAUAAUACAAACUCUCUCCAACUCUAGAAGUGUUGGUAAGAUAUAUAUGUUCUCUUUAGUGUCUGGGCUUUUAUUGUAAAGCUUCACAUAGCUAAUUGGGGUGUCCCAUUUCACAUGUAUACAAAGACUGUUGCUAUUUAAUUUCCCUUCCACAAAAGUAAUAAGGCCGUAUAGGAAACACUUUAUACAGUAUGCUGUUGCAUUGUUGUUAACCAAUAUAUUACAUACCUUUAUUUUUACGUUAUGCCAUGUUUUUCAACUUCGU